AUGGGAACAAGAAGUUGCUAUGCUGCUAUGCUCACAUUCUCCCUCCUGAACUUGACAAUGGAACUUGCUCGGAAUCCAGCAAUGAUGCAAGAAAUGAUGCGAAAUCAAGACCGGGCCCUGAGCAACCUGGAAAGCAUCCCCGGCGGAUAUAAUGCCCUCCGCCGAAUGUACACGGACAUCCAGGAGCCCAUGUUCACUGCUGCCCGGGAGCAGUUUGGCAACAAUCCUUUCUCUUCCCUGGCCGGGAACUCCGACAGCUCAUCCUCCCAGCCUCUUCGGACUGAGAAUCGAGAGCCCCUCCCUAACCCCUGGAGCCCCUCGCCCCCCACCUCCCAGGCCCCCGGGUCCGGUGGGGAGGGCACCGGAGGAUCGGGGACGAGCCAGGUGCACCCGACAGUCUCGAACCCCUUUGGGAUCAAUGCGGCUAGCCUGGGGUCAGGAAUGUUCAACAGCCCAGAAAUGCAGGCACUUCUCCAACAGAUCUCUGAGAACCCCCAGCUGAUGCAGAAUGUGAUCUCAGCCCCCUACAUGCGGAGCAUGAUGCAGACACUUGCCCAGAACCCUGAUUUUGCUGCUCAGAUGAUGGUGAAUGUGCCGCUCUUUGCUGGGAACCCCCAGCUGCAGGAGCAGCUCCGCCUACAACUCCCUGUAUUUCUACAACAGAUGCAGAAUCCGGAGUCCCUCUCUAUCCUCACUAAUCCCCGGGCCAUGCAGGCUUUACUGCAGAUCCAGCAGGGACUACAGACCUUGCAGACUGAGGCUCCUGGAUUGGUACCCAGUCUUGGCUCCUUUGGGAUGUCCCGGACCACAGCCCCCUCAGGCAGCAACUCAGGAUCUACAGCUGAGGCUCCCUCCUCCUCACCAGCCACACCAGCCACAUCUCCUCCCACUGGGGCUUCCAAUGCCCAGCAGCACCUCAUGCAGCAGAUGAUCCAGUUGUUAGCUGGAGGUGGAAACUCACAGGUGCAGACACCAGAAGUGAGAUUUCAGCAGCAACUGGAGCAGCUCAACUCCAUGGGUUUCAUCAAUCGUGAGGCCAACCUGCAGGCCCUGAUUGCCACAGGAGGGGACAUCAAUGCAGCUAUUGAGAGACUCCUGGGCUCCCAGCUCUCCUGAUGUCUAGGCCCAUGCCUCCUGCCUCUCCCACUACUCAAGGCCAGCCUUGGUUCCUCAGUCAGCCCCUUCCCCUCUGCAGCUUGUCCCUCUGUCUUGUUCUCUGCCAACAACUGGGUGACUUUAAAGGAAUGGGCCUUAAUCCCAUAGUUAUAAGAAUUUAGGUUUUACUGCUAUCUCACAGAACCUUCUCUAUUGAUGCUUCUUGAGCAGAACUAUUUAAACUAUUUUCACAGUUCUGUUGAUUGCCCCGCUCCCCCCCCCCCAACACACACACACAACCAUCUUUUACAAUCUGCAAAUAUCUCAGUCAAAAGAGGACCCAGCUGUUUGGUUUACUGGAAAAGUCUUCCAUCAAUACUGCUAGGGUUCAUCUUGCCUUACAUUUAUUUCUGGUAACUGUCUUCCUUGUUCUUCCCCCUCCUCAGUCCCAAGCCCUGCCAGUGCUAGAAUUUUAUACUCUGAAGGUAAGGGGCAGGUGAAACAGGCUGUGAUUUUCUUCUACAACCCCUAUUCUGGUCAUUUCAUUCAUGGGCUUGUUCUUUCAAGGGCUCCUUUGGGACUUCAAAGGCAAGGAGAAAGAUGUCUGUUCAUGUCCAAAGCAAGAGAUGAGACACAGCACUCUGGAUAGGAAUCAACAAGACCAAAUCAAAGCCCGGCGCCUGUGGCUCAUGUCUAUAAUCCUAGCUACUCAGGAGGCUGAGAUCUGA